GCAGCCAUGGCGUUCCGGCGCGAGGUGCAGCCGCUGGACAAGAUGGUGCUCAAGUUCAUCUCCAAGGCCCCGCGCCAGCUGGACGUCAUCCUCAACGAGCAGACGCUGGAGCGCGCGCACCGCAUCGGCAAGCCUGCCAAGUCGCGCACGCACAAGGCCAAGCAGGAGGUCAUCCGCGCGCUGCUGCGCGGCGGCCGCCUGGGCGACGACACGCUGCCCGCCAGCUUCUUCCACGCGUCCAUGACGCGCAUCGAGAUCAUCGGCGCCAAGAUCUCCACCAAGUUCGUGGAGAUGCUGUCCAAGAUCUGUCCGAAGCUGCACUCGGUGGACUUCUCGGGCUGCUUCCGGCUGACGGACGACGCCAUUGAGGUGCUGCUGACGAACUGUCCAGACAUUAAGGAGCUGGACAUUGAGAACUGCCGCAAACUGACGGACGUGACGCUGGAUCAUUUGCGCAAGCUGGCACCGAAGCUGCAGAGCAUUGACGUCGGCGGGAACUUCAACAUGACCAUCCCUGGCAUCACGAAGCUCAUUGAAAAGCACCCGAACCAUUCCAAGUUCGCGCGGGUGCACAUCUCGGGCCAUCCUGUGACGGACCAGACAAUCAAGACUAUCAUGGCUAAGUGCAGGAAGCUGCACAGUCUGAGUGUCGGCUAUUGCUCCAUCACGGACGAGGCAUUAAUCGCGCUGCUCAAGAAGCGCGAAUCCGUAUCCCGCUUGUGCCUGCACUGGAAUAUCGCGAUUACGUGA